AUGCUGUUGCAGGAGCGCGUCCGCCAGGGCUCCCCGGUGGGGUCUAGCCGCGCGAGGGCGCAGACUGCAGGCCUCCAGACUGCCCGACGGUUCCGGGAUCCGGCCGCUGCUCGACAGGGUUUUUGCUCUUGUUGUCGCCAACAACAAAGUCUUCGGUUCCGUGUCUUGGGCAAGGUCCAACAGGCUCCAACCCGCGGGAGGCCCGAGGUCGAUGGGUACGGCCAGGCCGUCGUCGUUGGCCUCGUCGGCCCUGGGUUCGACGGGACCGGUCGGGGCGGCCACGGCUCCGACUGCCAGGAGGGCGGCAAGCUGGAACAAGAUUGUCUUGAGCUGCAUGUUGAAGAUAAAGAAUGA